UCAAUUAGGGCAAAAUUGCUUUAACCUCAUCAAAAUUCACAAUUUUCUACCUCCAGAUUUUACCCCAUCAUCUCUGUCAUCAAUCCAAUUUGAAUUGAGAUUUGUUUUCUGUUCAAAAUUGUGUUGUUUUAUACUUCUCCAUCUUUAUUCAUACAUACAUACACAUACUCUCCAGUUAUCGAAACCGACACGAAUUGGGGGCGCUCUCCAGCUGAAAUCACUCAUUGAAAUAGCUGUUUGGAGAUUCAAGUGAUUUAAGGUGGAUUUUUCUUGUAGGAUUUGGGUUUUACCGGUUAUCCGUUUUCGAAUUUUGGCAUUUGAUGGUGAUCUUGAAGAGGGGAAAUGAGGGCUUUUAAAAUGUGUGUUGUUGUCUAAAUGAAUGAUGCAAAUGUCAGAACAGAGCUUGUUCGUAGAGCCGAACGAGAAUGCAGAUGCUGCUUUGCCCUUAUCUGUAGUGUCGAACGCGAAUGCUGAUGUUGCUUUACCCGUUGAUGUCUAUACACCGGUUUCUAGCACGAAUGCAAGUGUGUCGUUGGCGAAUCAGGCAUUGGUGGUAGGGCAGGAGUUCGCUGAUGUCGAUACUUGUAGGAGAACGUUGAAAGAUACAGCCAUCGCGUUGCAUUUUGAGAUUCGGAUAGUGAAAUCUGAUAGGAGUAGGUUUAUAGCUAAGUGCUCGAGGGAUGGCUGUCCGUGGCGAGUCCAUGUUGCGAAACUGCCGGGACUCCCCACGUUUACCAUUAGGACGCUCCAUUCGGAGCACACGUGUGAAGGGGUUCAGAAUCUCCACCACCAGCAGGCUUCCGUGGGUUGGGUGGCGCGGUCUGUAGAGGCACGGAUAAGGGAUAAUCCGAAGUAUAAGCCGAAGGAGAUCUUGCAAGACAUCCGCGACCAGCACGGGAUUGCUGUCUCGUAUAUGCAGGCGUGGCGUGGGAAGGAGCGUAGUAUGGCUGCUUUGCACGGGACUUACGAGGAAGGUUUCAAGCUUCUUCCUGCGUAUUGUGAACAGAUAAGGAAGACUAACCCCGGAAGCAUUGCUUCUGUUGUUGCUACCGGACAGGAAAACUCAUUCCAACGAUUGUUUGUUGCUUAUCGUGCUGCGAUUUACGGAUUUGUCCAUGCUUGCCGCCCAUUGCUGGAGCUGGACAGAGUCCAUCUCAAAGGGAAGUACAUAGGUACAUUGCUCUGUGCUGCUGCUGUUGAUGCCGAUGAUCAACUCUUUCCGUUGGCAAUCGCUGUCGUGGACGUGGAAAGUGACGAGAACUGGAUGUGGUUUGUGUCUGAGCUGCGUAAGCUUCUUGGGGUGAACACGGACAGCAUGCCGAGGCUCACUAUACUCUCCGAGAGAACACCGGGUCUGGUGGAGGCCUUUGAGACGCAUUUCCCCAACGCGUUCCACGGCUUCUGCAUGCGAUUCGUCAGCGAGAACUUCCGCGACACGUUCAAGAACUCGAAGAUGGUGAACAUGUUCUGGAGUGCUGCCUACGCGCUCACAACGACGGAAUUUGAAUCCAAAAUCUCCGAGAUGGCGCAAAUCUCGGAAGACGUCGUGCCCUGGCUAAACUAUUUCAACCCUCAGCUGUGGGCCGUGACGUACUUCGAAGGCGUACGCUAUGGCCAUUUCACGCUGAACUUCACCGAGCUCCUCUACAAUUGGGCGCUGGAGUGCCACGAGCUCCCCAUCGUGGAGACGAUGGAGCACAUUCGCCAUCAAAUGGCGUCGUGGUUCCAUCAGCGUCUCCACGUGGGGAUGCAGCUCGCCUCGAUCCUAGUGCCCUCCGCCGAGAAGCGGAUCUCGGAAGCCAUCUCCGACGCCAGCUGCUACAAAGUGCUCCGCGCGAACGAGGUCGAGUUCGAGAUCGUUUCCUCCGAGCGGACAAACAUCGUGGACAUAAGGCUCCGGAUAUGCUCGUGCCGCCGCUGGCAGCUGUACGGCUUGCCAUGCGCGCACGCGGCCGCAGCCCUCAUCUCUUGCGGCCAGAACGUGCAUUUGUUCGCCGAGACGUGCCUCACGGUCCACAGCUACCGAGAGACCUACUCGCAGAUGAUUCACCCGAUCCCGGACAAGAGUCUAUGGAGGGAGCCGGGUGAGGGAACGGAUGGCGGAGGAGCGCAAGUUGAUGUCACCAUUCGGCCUCCAAAGACGAGGAGGCCUCCCGGGAGGCCGAAGAAGAAGGUUCUGCGGCUCGAGAGCUUAAAACGGCCGAAGAGGGUCGUACAGUGCGGCCGGUGCCAUAUGCUAGGGCACUCUCAGAAGAAAUGCACGCUGCCGAUGUGAUGCAUUGUCUCAGUAAAUUCUUUUUAGUCUCUGUUUAAUUUUUCUUGUAUGCAUAUUUUGUGUUGGGAUUUAUAAAUUAUAAUUGUGAUUAAUGUACUUUUUACAAAUGUACAUGUUUUUUCUUUCGUUU